AUGCCUCGAGGGAAACCAGGAACAAAACGGAAGGAGCUUGCUCCGACAUCAUCACCAGCCACUUCAAAAAACACGCAAUCCAAUGCGAGCUCAUCCACGAAUAAAGGAAGGCAGAUGACACUCACUGCUUUUUGUAAGACACGUAAAGUGGAACGUGUCGAUAACCAAACUACUACAAUGGCCAUCGGAACCAUGAUGAAUGAAAGUAUGAUGAGUAGUGAUGCAGCUGUUGAAGAGGAAUCACCCGUGAAGGUAAACAUUCCCAAGUCUUAUUCCGCUUCACUUAGUAUCAUUACAUCAUCUGCAACAGUCCUUUUAGAUACAAUAAUAACUCCAAGCACAAAGCCUUCGGAAGAGUUAUCAGCAGCAUCAUCACCGAAUACAUCUCCGACGCUCUCUAUCGUCACCAGCGACAUGAGCAACGUUGUGGAAGUAUCUACAAGCAACAGCAAUAGACUCUCUCCUGUAUCAGCAAAUGAUUCAAAAAGCGUAGAUGACGAAUAUGACAUCUUUAACGACACCACAUUCGAUCAAAUUUUCUCUUCCUCUGCAACGUUCAAGUCAAACAUUGAUUCCAUCUAUGAAUCUCUAAGGGAGGUACGCGAAACAGCAAGAGAGCUUGUGGAACUACGAAAAGAAAUAGCACUAAGCGCUGAAUUAGACGAGCAAAUAAGAAUUGAAAAGGAGAAGAUAGCCAAAAGGCAGUCAUUAAGCCACACUGAAAACUUAUCCAAACUAGAACUCAUUCUAUCAGAAGAUGGCAACGCCAUAGCAUUGGAUCGUUCCCUGAUUCAACCAUCGAAUGACUAUGAUGGCUUUGUUUCUCAGUUAAAAAAUUUAACAGCGUUCGAAGAAAUGAGACGGUUUUACAUUCUCAAGCUUGAUAAAUGUGGCUUGAUACGACAUCACACAACACAAUGGACCAAAGAAGAAAUUGAGCAAGAGUUAAGACGCGUGGUUCCAAAACACCCUGCAUCUAUGUUCGAAUGGGAAAAGGUUGAGAUCAUUAAGAAGCAUUUCAACUAUCAAUGCGAUAAGUGCCCUGCAGAGAUCAAGACAUUGUUAUUCAAACCUAUUAGCACUCAAGAAUUUGAAAAAUAUUUAGGAAAAGUUGGUAUCGAGCUAGAUUGUACAAAGAAAGAUACCAAGAACGAAUGCUUUGAAUUUUUGUGUGCAGAAGAAAUGAUCUUUGUGUAUUCACGUGUACAGCGAACUUAUUGCACAUUUGUGAACCAUUUACUGAAACGAUUUAUGGAAACACUAUCUAAGAGUACCCAUCCACAAUCUGUACAACAAUAUCUACCAUUUCUCAUCUCUGUAUACAUGUCCAGACAUUAUUUUAGGCCUGAUAAUUUGUUACAUUCAAGUUCUAAUUGGUAUGCUUCAGAAACUUUUUCAGAGAGCCAGAAGAGUUUUGUUGACUCUUUGGCGAGUCAUUCUAUUGUGCAAUCACCAAUAAUUAUCGAUUUAAUUGAACAAGUUUUUGCUCUCUACGACACGGCUUCAAUGAAGAGUGUUGUCACCACUCUUUUGCAAUAUUUUGGAUUUGAGCACGAAGCCUCUGAGAACUUGGUAAUACUUUCAGAGAACAAUGAAAUGUCACAUGAAAAUUUGCUUCAACUCAUCAAGGUGAACUGUCCUCCCUUAUUUUCAUGCUUUAUUCAACAAAAGCCGUGGUUGCACAAACGAUACAAGAACAUUGAGAUUGUUUUCAAAACGCUCAUGCUCAUUAUUCUCGCCAAGAUUACAAACAACAGAAAAGUAACAACGAGUGAUAUUUUAGAUGGCAUGACCAAUCACAAUACAGCCAACAACAUCAAGAUUGAGGAGUCAAUAUUUUUACACACCAUGGAGUUCAUUCAACGAUUGUCAUCCAUAUGCCCACCACAGAAGAGUAAGGUUUUCCCAUUUUUCUAUCUGUUGGAUAAUCUCAUUUCUCUAAUAUUGUGCUUGGACUUGAAGUCUAUUCAAAGUUGUAUGAGCAAAGAAUCAUUGUCCCUGUGUGAAAAGUUUUCCGAAUCCAUUCACUCUUCCCUUCGUGCUCUGUUACCUAAAAUUGAGUAUAACCAUUUCUUUCUCCGUUUUGGAGACAUUGUGAGGGAAAUCAUUCCACUCAAAAUGUCUUCCUUUAAAACUGCUUCCAAAGCACCUCCUGCACAACAAACUCUCUCUUUUCAAACUAGGCUUCGUUGCGAAAGAGAGGAUUUUUAA